UUUAUUCGAAUUUCGUCGUUUUUAAAGAAAAUGUCCCACAGCUCCAAAUUAUUAGCGGGUAUUUUGUGCGUCUUGUUAAUAAAUGUGCCAGCUAGAGGGCGUAGACUUUCGAGAGCCGAGAAAAAGUGCCUGAAAAAAUUCCCGGUUCUAGCCUACGACCCCUAUCAAGAACUGUGCUACCAAAAAUGCCUCUGGCGCCAUCAAGGUUUGAUAAAACAUAAUCAAUUGACCGCAAAUUCACUGAAAUUCGUCAGUGAAUUCAACGAAUUGUUCGGCAAGGAGAAAACCGCCAAAUUCCAGAAAUGCCUGGCCAAAAGUUUGACCCGAUUGACAAUCAAAGAUUGUUUCGAUAUGAUGAAAAUCAAAUCGUGCUUUUUGGAAGCCCAUAAAAGCACAUCCUCGCCCAGAUUCAUCAUUCUCGGUUCACUUUAUGUCAUAAAUUCCUUAGUUGGUUCCGUUGUACAGCCCUUGCAAGAGGGAAUUGUUAGCUGGCUCUAUGGAUUGGAACCAAAAUCAUGA